CCCUGCAAUUGGUUAGGCCUGUUUUUUUCUUUCUUUCUUCAUCUUCUUUUUGUAGCUUUCGGCUUGGCUAAGUAGACCACGAUGACCAUCAGACGCAUAGAUCAAGGGCAGCGUUACAGGCCAAGAAUGGCAUUCCUGAAAAAGCUGGAGGUUCUGUUGGUGGAGAUGCAGGAUCCAAGUUCUGGCAUAAAAAUGCACGCUCAGAAGGUCACAGUCGUCGACAUCCCGCAUGCAAUGACUGGUUCUGAUAUGCUACAGUGGCUUAUGCAGCGCCUGCAGAUUACCAACGAAGAGGCACUCAGUUUGGGAAGUAUGAUUAUCAGGUACGGAUACAUCUAUCCUCUUCAGGAUCCGAAGAAUCUGAAUCUCAGACCAGACAGCAGCCUCUACAGGUUUCAGACACCGUAUUUUUGGCCGACCCAACAGUGGGCAGCAGAUGAUACAGACUAUGCCAUCUACCUAGCCAAGAAAAAUAUCAAAAGGAAAGGAGUUUUAGAAGAAUAUGAAAAGGAAAAUUAUAACACGCUGCACAAAAAAAUCAACCACAAGUGGGACUUCGUUGUUAUGCAGGCCCAGGAACAGUAUAGGACAGGAAAAGAACGAAAGAAGGAAGAUCGAUAUGCUCUGGACUGUCAGGAGAAAGCCUAUUGGCUAGUGCACCGGACAGCUCCAGGGAUGCAAGACACACUUGACUAUGGCUUAGACCGAGUAACUGAUCCCUGUGAAAAUACGAAAAAAACCAUGGAUGUUUACAGGAGAGAGAUCAUGUACUACCAGCAGGCCAUAAUGAAAACCACAGUAAAGUCCUCUGUCUCCCUGGGAGGAAUUGUGAAGUACUGCGAACAGUUCCGCUCCAAUGACUGCAUAAUCUCAGGAUGCCUCCCCAGCAACCCCUGGAUCUCAGAUGAGGUUGACUUUUGGGAGUACAAUGCAAAGCUGGUGGAAAUCCCCACCAAAUCACGAGUGGAGAGAUGGGCCUUCAAUUUCAGUGAGCUGAUGAGGGAUCCCAAAGGCCGCCAGAACUUCCAGCUGUUCCUGAAGAAGAGUUCAGCGGGGAGGAAUCUGGGAUUUUGGGAAGCUUGUGAAGAUCUGAAGUAUGGAGACCAAUCCAAGGUGAAAGAAAAAGCUGAAGAAAUUUACAAGACCUUCUUGGCACCUGGAGCAAGGCGCUGGAUCAAUAUUGACGGCACCACUAUGGGCAUCACAGUCAGAGGCCUCAAACACCCUCAUCGCUAUGUCUUAGAUGCUGCACAGACUCACAUUUAUAUGCUGAUGAAGAAGGAUUCGUUCGGUCGCUAUUUAAAGUCUCCGAUAUACAAGGAAAUACUGUCCAAGGCAGUUGUGCCGCAAGAAGCCGCCGUGAAGAAAAGCUCUAAUAAUCCGUUUGCUCGCCGGCAGCUCCGCUCCAGCCCCAGCCCCGUCAUCUUGAGGCAAAUGGAGGAAGAAGCCAAGGCGAAAGAAGCAGCAGCCAACGUGGAUCACCCAGGUUAUGAGCAAGCUGGAUCGUAGAAGCCAGCUCAAGCAGGAGCCCCCGCCUGCUAAGUAGGGCUCAGAUGUUGGUGAAAAGGCCAGAGUCUGAGGGUGUUGGCUGAAUGUAGAGCUGCAUUUCCUGUCUCCUCCCUGCAGGUGGCAGUGGUGCUUCGUCAUUAUACGAAACAUUUCUCUGUGCUCUCCAUCCCUCCUUUCCAACACAGCAUGUUGUUGCCAUGGCGCCCAUAGUAGUGUCACUUCAUAAGCCAUCGCUGGUGGAAUCGUUGAACGCAGAUGGCAGAAGUUGCCAUGUGAGCCUCACAGUGACUUUCCCCAUAUCAAAUGGGUGUGUGUGUGUGUGUGUGUGUGUGUGUGUGUUAAACAAACCAAGGAAACAAUGUUUUCUAUAAACUGCCUGAAACAUCCCUCCCAGUUCUAAAUAUUCAGAAAUCUAGAUACCAUGGCAACUGGCUUCCCUCUUCUCCCGCGCCUGCAAAGGAUG